AAUUUAAAAAAUAUUAUAUAUGAAUAUAUAUGUAUAUGCUAUACAAAUCUGAAUGAAUAUUAAAUAAGAAACAGUUGCCUCUUUGUCCGUUUACGCAUUAAGUAUUUGGCUUUGUUCUUUUUCAUUAGGAAUAGGUUCUUCAGGAGCCGCAGAGAACAGAAUUUGUUAUUUUACAUGUGAAUGCACGGUGUGGUCUAUCAACUUGCUCAUGUACUAGGCGCUGCAUGAUCUUGAAUCUGGCGAUUGUUUGCAGCAUUACGUGUGUCAGUGCUCGUGUAGUGAGACGCAGUAUUAUUUUUUUCUUGUGCCGGGGAGCUACCGAAGAGCUGUGCAUUGCCGUGCUUUAAUCCUGCGUAUGACCAAGGGCGUAAAGGAAUAUUGCAUUCCCUGAUUUUAUAACUCAAAUUGAAUACGAUUGUUUCACAGCUAUCUGUGGUGCGGAUGAGUUCUUUUUUGGGGGGUGUAAAGGUGAUUAGCGUGUCCUGAUUUAAGUAGGAUUUGUCUUUGAUUCGCAGUUAGAAUGAAUGACCGAAGGGGAAACUGGGGUAAAGAUGACUUACCCGUGUACCUGGCCAGACCGGGCACUACGGCUCAGACUCCGCGGCAGAAAUCGUGGGGCAUGUUUGCUUCAGUUGAGGGGGCCUACGAGAACAAGACCAUAGAUUUUGAUGCUUACAGCGUGGGGAAAAAGGGGUCCCGGACCCCCAGGAGCGAUAGCAGGGAGAUGCUUGAUGGGGACAAUUUCAGCGAGACCGCUAGUGAUGUGAGCGAGGUCUCUGGGUCAGUAAUCAGCUCUCCCGGUGACAGGGAGGACAAGACUCCAGGAGUGGAAAUCAAGUACCCGACCGGUAAAGAGUUUCUGCAGGGCCAGGAGAAUGGAAAGAGUGACCGAUUGCUUAUCAAAGGAGGCAGAAUCAUCAACGACGAUCAGUCCUUCUAUGCAGAUAUUUAUUUGGAAGAUGGGUUAAUAAAACAAAUUGGGGAGAACCUGAUUGUCCCUGGUGGAGUGAAGACCAUAGAGGCCAAUGGGCGGAUGGUGCUCCCAGGUGGGAUUGACGUGAACACUUACUUGCAGAAGCCAUACCAUGGAACAACAACUGUGGACGACUUUUAUCAAGGGACCAUGGCAGCACUGGCAGGAGGAACCACCAUGAUUAUUGAUCAUGUUGUCCCAGAGCCCGGGGGGAGUCUUCUGGCUGCCUUUGAGAAGUGGCACGAAGCUGCAGACAAGAAGUCAUGCUGUGACUACUCCCUCCACGUGGACAUCACCCAGUGGCAUGAGGGGGUCAAGGAGGAGCUGGAGAUCCUUGUGCAAGAUAAAGGUAUCACCUCCUUCCAGGUUUACAUGGCAUACACUGAGGGGUUCCACAUGACAGACAGUCAGCUUUAUGAAGCUUUCACUUUCCUGAAGGGCCUUGGUGCUGUAGUGCAAGUGCAUGCUGAGAAUGGAGACUUGAUUGCUCAGGAACAAAAUAAGAUACUCAGCAUGGGAAUAACUGGACCUGAAGGACAUGUCUUGAGCCGACCUGAAGAGUUGGAGUCAGAGGCAGUUUUCCGUGCCAUCACGAUAGGCAACCGAAUCAACUGCCCAGUGUACAUCACCAAGGUGAUGAGCAAGAGUGCUGCUGACAUUAUUGCACAGGCGAGGAAGAAGGGAGCUGUUGCUUUUGGCGAGCCAGUGACUGCCAGUCUUGGGACAGACGGGACACACUACUGGAGUAAAAACUGGUCGAAGGCGGCAGCCUUUGUGACAUCACCGCCAUUGAGCCCUGACCCUACUACACCUGACCACCUCAACUCACUCUUGGCUUGUGGGGAUCUGCAGGUGACAGGCAGUGCACAUUGUGCCUACAGCACUGCUCAGAAAGCCAUUGGAAAAGACAACUUCACUCUAAUUCCGGAGGGGACCAAUGGGAUUGAGGAGAGGAUGUCUAUCGUCUGGGACAAAGCAGUAGCUGUAGGUAAAAUGGAUGAAAAUCAGUUUGUAGCUGUGACCAGCACCAAUGCUGCCAAAAUCUUUAACCUGUACCCCAGAAAAGGACGGAUAGCAGUGGGGUCAGAUGCUGAUAUUGUCAUCUGGGAUCCGGACAAGAUAAAGACCAUUUCAGCCAAAAUGCAAAAUUCAGCUCUUGAAUACAACAUCUUUGAAGGAAUUGAGUGCCGUGGGGUCCCCUUGGUGGUUGUCAGCCAGGGGAAGAUUGUGUUUGAAGAUGGCAAAUUGGACGUUCACCAGGGAAUGGGGCGCUUCAUUCCCCGGAAGCCUUUUCCUGAGUAUGUCUACCAACGCAUCAAGACCAGGAACAAGAGGAUGGAGAUGCUUGGUGUCUCCAGAGGCAUGUAUGACGGGCCUGUGUAUGAUGUUCCUGCCACUCCCAAAUAUGUCACACCUUCACCAUCUGCAAAAUCAUCUCCCACCAAGAACCAGUCUCCACCUGUCAGGAACCUUCACCAGUCCAACUUCAGCCUAUCAGGAGAACCACCAUCUUCUGCUCUUCCCUGGGAAGCUUCUCGGCAGUUGGAAGGGUACAAUAGUACAAGCAAACAUUACAAGCACACAGCAAUAAUAGGUGCACAGACUGAUGACAACAUUCCAAGGCGUUCUGGUCAUCGCAUUGUGAAUCCCCCUGGUGGCCGCUCCAACAUUACCAGCCUUGGUUGAACUCUUGAAUAUGAAGAUUGUGACAUCACAAUGGAACAUUGAGGGAUUGUUCAGUUCAUUUGUACUAUAUAUAUAUCAGUGUUCUUGAGUCCUCAAAUUAUCUGAUAUUACUGGGAAUAUUACGUUUCUGUUUGUCUAAUAAGAUGAGGUAUAACCUUAGUGUGAUGUCAUUGCUUGAACAUGAUUGCCUCACCAUUGUGCUGUACUUCCUGCUUGGUGCUUCUAUAACCCUUUUA